AUGAGGUCGAAAGGCUUGGCUCUGAUUAUCAUAUUAAUCAUCUCAGGAGAACUCAGUGCAGAAGAGAAACCCUGUGGUCUUCCAAGUGUGGAAAAUGGAAGGAUUGCCCAAUAUUACUAUACUUUUGAAAGUUAUUACUUUCCAAUGAGCAUAAACCAAAAUCUGUCAUUUUCCUGCUUGGCUGGUUAUACAACUGAAACUGGGAAACAAGAGGCCCAGACCACGUGUACGGCAGCAGGAUGGUCCCCAGAACCACGGUGCUUCAAAAAAUGCCCUAAGCCUGACCUGAGGAACGGUUACGUCUUUGACACAAAAUUAUUUUACAAAAUUCAAGAGAACAUGCGUUAUCGUUGUGCAUCAGGGUACAAAACCACAACAGGGCAGGAUGAAGGAGUGGUUCAAUGCCUCCCUGUUGGAUGGUCUUCUCAGCCAACCUGUAGGAAGGAACAUGAAACAUGUUUGGCCCCUGAAUUACAUCACGGAAAUUAUUCCACAACACAGAAGAUGUUCAAAGUGAAGGACAAAAUACGAUAUGAGUGUGCCUCUGGGUACCACACAGCUUCCGGGAAGAGGACGGAGGAGGUGGAGUGUCACCCGUACGGAUGGGCCCUCACCCCACGAUGUGCCAAAUUAAUAUGUUCUUCUUUAAGAUCAAUAGAAAAUGGUUAUUUUCAUCCUGUGAAGCAAACCUAUGAAGAAGGAGACGUAGUUCAGUUUUUCUGUCAUAAAAAUUAUUAUCUAAGUGGAUCUGAUUUAAUUCAGUGCUAUAACUUUGGUUGGUACCCAGAAUCUCCUGUCUGUGAAGGAAGAAGAAAUCGAUGUCCUCCUCCCCCUGUGCCUCUGACCUCCAGAAUCCAAAGGUACUCAACCACUUAUCGUCACGGAGAAACAGUGCGUAUAGAGUGUGGACUUAACUUUGAGAGGCAGGGAUCAGAAGAGAUACGCUGUGAAAAUGGAAAAUGGACAGAACCUCCCAAAUGCAUUGAAGAAAAGCAGAGGAUGGGCUGUGAGGACCCGCCCUUGGUUGAGAAUGCUGCAGCAAACCUAUCCUCCAAGGUCUAUUAUAAUGGGGAUAAAGUGACAUAUAUGUGUGAAAGAGGGUAUCACCUCCGGGGACCAGAAGAAAUAACUUGUAAACGUGGAAAAUGGACCCUUCCCCCUGAGUGUGUUGGAAAUACUGAGAAUUGUAAUUCUCCACCUGAUAUAAUAAAUGGAGCUGUUCUUGGUGGAUUAUUAGCAAGCUACCCAACAGGAUCCUCAGUGGAAUAUAGAUGCAAUGAAUAUUACUUAUUGAGAGGAGCAAAAAUAUCUCAUUGUGAACAAGGAAAAUGGUCAUCCCCACCUGUUUGCUUAGAGCCGUGUACAGUUAACAUGGAUGACAUGAGCAGAAAUAACCUAGAGAUGAAAUGGAAUUAUGAAGGAAAGAUCCUACAUGGAGAUUUAAUAGAUUUUGUAUGUAAACAGGGGUAUGACUUGUCUCCAUCAACUGCACCCUCUGAAUUAUCAGUGCAGUGCAACAGAGGUGAAGUGAAAUAUCCUUCAUGUAUUAGAAAAGAAUCUAAAAGAACAUGUGCAUCUCCCCCAUUUAUUAAAAAUGGAGUUAUUAAGAGUUCAACAGUCAGGACCUAUGAAAAUGGUUCCUCAGUGGAAUACAGAUGUUUCGAGCACCAUUUCCUACAAGGGUCUAAGGAGUCCUAUUGUUUAGAGGGAGUGUGGACUACACCACCAUUGUGUUUGGAGCCUUGCACAUUAUCUUUUGAUACAAUGGAAAGUAAUAAUUUGCUCCUGAAAUGGAGUUUUGACAAUAGGCCAUAUAUUUUGCACGGCGAGUAUAUUGAGUUUCUUUGUAAGAGAGAUACUUACAUUGAGUUUCCUAUUAUCGGAUCGAAAUUGAGAGUGCAAUGUGACAGAGGGCAGUUAAAAUAUCCAACAUGUAUUCAAAGAGAAAGGAUGUUGUCUUAUCAAGAACGCUUAAGAACAUGAAAAUGAAUGGCAAAAAGAAGAAUAACAUUUUGACACAUCAUAAAAUCCUUUAUAAAA